CGACACGCCCCCUGUCGGCCGAGCCGGAUUUACAGGAAGACCCGAGAGCACAUGAAGGCCAGUCAGCAGUGAGCGUUUUGCAACAUCAUCGCUUGAUUUACCGGGUGACAGAAACCAAGGGCAUGGGACGAGAAUUUGGGACUUUAGUGGAUUAGACACUUUGUAAACCGUUAAAAAGCCACACAGCACUACCGGAUAGACGUCUGUAACGGUCGGAUUAACGUCCAACUGCUUUCGACUCGGAUUAGGAUGGCGUUAAUAUUGUUCUCGAGAUCUCGGACUCCGUUGAUGAAAACCUCCAGGUCAUUAAAUCACGAGUUCAGGAGAGAAAAGAAAGUAGCCUGCUUCAGUUGUACUGCACUACACCUGGCUACAAACAGUCCCGAGGUUCUCAGAGGCAGUUUGGCAGCCCGGAUGUUCUCUCUCAGGCUGUAUCCUGACCGUUCAUACGUUCGACAGUGCUCGCCGACCAGUUCAUCUCGUCUUUACUCUGCCGUCCUGAUGCCCAACUCUGCUGCACUAGGCCACACUCACCAUGUCUGUCAUUGGGCAGUUGCACAGUGGCCCACACCAGUACGGUGGGUUCACACCUCACGCUGUCUGCAUGACGACUCCAAAGUGGAGCGCUCGCUGCGUUCACUAAAAGACCGAAAUAAAAAGCUAGAGGAGGGAGGACCCAUCUACAGCCCUACUGUGGACGCGGCGCCAGUGCGGCGAACGCUAAGGCAAUGGGUAGUUGAUGAAGUGAAGCACUAUUACCAUGGGUUCCGACUCCUGUGGAUAGAUACGGCCAUCACUGGACGCAUGCUGUGGAGAGUGCUGAAUGGACAAACUCUGUCACGAAGAGAGAGGAGACAGUUCCUAAGGACAUGUGCAGAUUUAUUCCGACUCGUGCCUUUUCUGGUUUUUAUCAUUGUUCCGUUUAUGGAGUUCCUGCUUCCUGUUGCUCUGAAGCUUUUCCCCAACAUGCUACCAUCCACUUUUGAGACAAAGUCCAAGAAGGAAGAGAGAUUGAAGAAGGAGCUGCGAGUGAAGCUGGAGAUGGCGAAGUUCUUACAGGACACAGUGGAGGAGAUUGCACUGAGAAACAAAGCAGACAAAGGCAACGUGACUGAGGAGUUUUCUACCUUCUUCCAGAAGAUCCGGGACUCGGGUGAAAGGCCUAGCAACGAGCAGAUCAUCCGAUUCUCCAAACUGUUUGAGGAUGAGCUGACCCUAGACAACCUGACACGGCCGCAACUGGUAGCUCUCUGCAAGCUACUGGAGCUGCAGCCCAUCGGCACCAACAACUUCCUCCGCUUCCAGCUCAUCAUGAAGCUCCGCUCCAUCCGUGCUGAUGACAAGCUGAUAGCAGAGGAAGGAGUGGAGAGCCUUAAUGCGAAUGAGCUGCAAGCAGCAUGCAGGGUUCGAGGCAUGAGAGCUCUGGGAGUGACUGAGGACAGGCUUAGAGAUCAACUCAAACAGUGGCUGGAGCUGCAUUUGAACCAGCACAUCCCCACUUCUCUGCUACUGCUUUCGAGGGCCAUGUUCCUUCCUGACACUCUGUCCCCUGCAGACCAGCUUAAAACCACACUGCAGACCUUGCCUGAGAUAGUGGCUAAAGAGGCACAGGUGAAAGUGGCAGAGCUUGACUUCUCUAAGGUGGAUAACAAGACUAAACUGGAGACCAUGCUACAGGAAGAGGCAGCUAUUCGCCAGGAGAACAAAGAGAGGGAGCUGGAGAGGCUAGCUGAAACUGCAGAGAAAGCCAAAGAGCAGAAGGAGGAUGUGGAGGCCGAUAUGCAGGUAGAUGCGGAUCUUGCUAUGCACAGUGUAGACGUGGCUAUUCACUCUGAAACAUUACGAGACACAGCACCAGUGCUGGAAGGUAUUAAGGGAGAGGAGAUCACUAAGGAGGAGAUUGACAUGUUGAGUGAUGCCUGUACCAAACUGAAGGAACAGAAAAAACUCCUGACAAAAGAGAAAGAGGAGCUGGAGGAGCUGAAAGAUGACGUGCAGGAAUACUGUGAGGAUCUGGAGGAGAUAAAGAAAGAGCUUUCUAAAACUGGGCAGGAGAAAGAGGUGGAAGAGUCUAAAGCCAGUAAACAUCUGUCACGCCGGGUGAACCGCAUGAUCGGCCGCAUGGAUAAGAUCAUAAACGAGUUAGAGAAAGACAAGCUGGUGCUGGAUGGACAGAUGGACAGUGGAACCACACCACCAGUUGGAUUAUUCUUUGAGAAAUGUAAUGACUUACAGAGGGAGAACCUGAUUAGCAUCAAUGAGCUCAUUGCUGCUUUGAGGCAGAUCCAGAGCAUUCCAGAGCACAAGCUACUCAGCAUCGCCGACGCGCUGGAUGAAAACAAGGAUGGCAAGAUAGACAUUGACGAUGUUAUCAAGGUGGUGGAGCUGAUCGAUAAGGAGGAUGUGGACAUCUCCACUGCACAAGUGGCGGAUAUCAUGUUGAUGCUGCAGAAAGAGGAGAAGUUGGUGGAAAAGGAAAAAGCUAAGGAGAAGGCUGAAAAAGAGCAUGCCGCUAAAGUUCAGCAAAACUAAGUUCAUCAGGGCGAGUUGCCACGGAGCAGGAAAGCACAGAGGAGCCACUGGUGCUGUAGCCACUGGUUUCAUACUUGAAAAAUAAGAGAAAUUAAAUUAUUUGUUGAAAAACCCAAACAUUCACUUCACCAUCUAACCAUCAGCUGGCAGUGAUGUCACUUCAUGUGAGCUGACUCACUAUUUUUAUUUUGCACGCCAUUAUUGUCAUCAUUCCACUGCCAACGCUGCCAUUUGGAUUCCUUUAUUUUGUGUAUUUUAUUUAGGCUCUUUUAAGUUGAAUUAUUUAGCAGACUCUAGCUCAGAUGGCCUGUGAGUGUGCUAUUGUAUUUGUCCAGAUACCAAAGUAAAUUUGCAAAUGUACUACAGAACUCAAGGUCAGUAUACAAAUAGUACAGACUGAUCAAGAGGUCAGGUCUUUGAGUGAGCAGAGUCUCUGCUAUGUGUUUAUUUAUUUUUUGUUUGUUUGCUAUUACUCUGUUGUGGCCUUGAAUGAACAAACACAUUUCCUGGUAAUGUCAGUGAUUUAAAAAAACAAAACAAAAAAAAACCCAACUUUAUUGGUUCAGUAUUGCCCAGCUGAAAGUCCUCCCUUUAAUUGACUUAUUAAGCGUGUUCCCUUUCACCCCUUGAUGAAACAUGGAGUCUUGUGGAUGCAUGUAUUAGGGGUCUAGUUAACCUUGGAACAAAUGCUAGCUGUAGACUCUUAGUUCAACUGGCCUGAGUUCGUUAUGGAAUGUAGAGGAUUGAUGGUGAGAGAAUUAUUUGGUGCUUGAAGUGUGUGUAUGUGUGUGUGUGUGUGUGUGUGUGAGAGAGAGAGAGAGAGAGAGAGAGAGAGAGAGAGAAGAUGGAGUGGGCUCUUUGCAGUGCAGACAAGUUUGGUGUAUCUAGGCCUCGACUCAGACCCAGUAUGGUGAGGCCAGUCUGGGUAGAGUCGCUUCAAGGACUGGGUAAACACUCACACCAUACAUGGAGAGGGUAGCUAGCAGAUACACACACACACAUUGUAUUAUGUCAGCAUAAAAUAGUUGCACAGGGCACAGCAGACCGCGAAUACAUCACUCCCACUCCUAAACAUGUCAUAGAGAGAGAACAGAGCGUCUGACCUGAAAGCACCGACUCUGUGUUGCAUCAGAGAGACAGACGGAGCUCUGUUUUGGAGUCAGGGUGCCUUUCUCACUUGGUGUCUGUAAGCUUCAGCCGUGCUGCAACCAAGGGUUAGAGGUCAACCCUCACCACAGUAACCACCUGUAUUUAUGCAGCUUGUGUAUCUGCGUUUGGGCUUUAAACCAAAUGAAUUUAUUGCACAUUAUAAUCUCAUUAUCUGUUGUUUAAAGGGAGCAAGAAAUACUGAUUUACAAUUGCACUAUCUUUAUUUAAAGCUUUUUUUAUCGUUGUGAUUUGGACUCAGGAAUUUUUGUGUAACGGGCUGCAUUUUAGGAGAGCUGGUGGGUGGUGUAACUGGAAGAGAUGGAGCAUCUUUUGUCAAGUGGCAAGAGACUAUAUUUGGGUGAAUGACCCAGAUUUUGAGGAGAAUUUUUAUGGUGUUUCACUAGCCUGAAUGUACACUACUGUCCUUCUGUUUUAAUAUACACUCACUUGGUCUGACCAAGAGGUUUAAAAAAAAAAGGUUAUUGUUAACCUUAAAAUUGUGCAAAUUUAACAGUAGUAGAAGGACAGCUGACUGAAAAGGCAGGGUGAAAUUGUCCAGGAAGUAACCACUGUAUCCAAAAUUUGUAGUUAACUUAAAACCAAGUGGAGUUUAUUUAACAGAAGAAUUCAGAGCAAUAGCUAUAUUAGUAUUGAAAUUUUUGUUUUUGUUGUGUGCAGGUUAGAAUUACAAAUGCAAUUAUUAAAUCUCUGUAUUGGCUCUGUACGAAUAUUAGCUAGUAUUGUAUACUGAAAUAUUGAAUUGGUGUCCAAUAGUAUCUAAAAAAAAAAAAAAAAGGGUAUACAGUGAGGGGAAAAAAGUAUUUGAUCCCCUGCUGAUUUUGUACGUUUGCCCACUGACAAAGAAAUGAUCAGUCUAUAAUUUUAAUGGUAGAUUUAUUUGAACAGGUGAGAGACAGAGUAACAACAAGAAAAUCCAGAAAAACGCACGUCAAAAAUGUUAUAAAUUGAUUUGCAUUUUAAUGAGGGAAAUAUGUAUUUGACCCCUCUGCAAAACAUGACUUAGUACUUGGUGGCAAAACCCUUGUUGGCAAUCACAGAGGUCAGACGUUUCUUGUAGUUGGCCACCAGGUUUGCACACAUCUCAGGAGGGAUUUUGUCCCACUCCUCUUUGCAGAUCUCCAAGUCAUUAAGGUUUUGAGGCUGACGUUUGGCAACUCGAACCUUCAGCUCCCUCCACAGAUUUUCUAUGGGAUUAAGGUCUGGAGACUGGCUAGGCCACUCCAGGACCUUAAUGUGCUUUUGGGUCAUUGUCAUGCUGGAAUACCCAUCCACUCCUCCUCCUCCAAACACGGCGAGUUGAGUUGAUGCCAAAGAGCUCCAUUUUGGUCUCAUCUGACCACAACACUUUCACCCAGUUGUCCUCUGAAUCAUUCAGAUGUUCAUUGGCAAACUUCAGACGGGCAUGUAUAUGUGCUUUCUUGAGCAGGACCUUGCGGGCGCUGCAGGAUUUCAGUCCUUCACGGCGUAGUGUGUUACCAGUUGUUUUCUUGGUGACUAUGGUCCCAGCUGCCUUGAGAUCAUUGACAAGAUCCUCCCGUGUAGUUCUGGGCUGAUUCCUCACUGUUCUCAAUAUCAUUGCAACUCCACGAGGUGAGAUCUUGCAUGGAGCCCCAGGCCGAGGGAGAUUGACAGUUCUAUUGUGUUUCUUCCAUUUGCGAAUAAUCGCACCAACUGUUGUCACCUUCUCACCAAGCUGCUUGGCAGUGGUCUUGUAGCCAAUUCCAGACUUGUGUAGGUCUACAAUCUUGUCCCUGACAUCCUUGGAGAGCUCUUUGGUCUUGGCCAUGGUGGAGAGUUUGGAAUCUGAUUGAUUGAUUGCUUCUAUGGACAGGUGUCUUUUAUACAGGUAACAAGCUGAGAUUAGGAGCACUCCAUUUAAGAGUGUGCUCCUAAUCUCAGCUCGUUACCUGUAUAAAAGACACCUGGGAGCCAGAAAUCCUUCUGAUUGAGAGGGGGUCAAAUACUUAUUUCCCUCAUUAAAAUGCAAAUCAAUUUAUAACAUUUUUGACAUGUUUUUCUGGAUUUUUUUUGUUGUUGUUAUUCUGUCUCUCACUGUUCAAAUAAAUCUACCAUUAAAAUUAUAGACUGAUCAUUUCUUUGUCAGUGGGCAAACGUACAAAAUCAGCAGGGGAUCAAAUGCAUCUUUCCCUCACUGUAGUGUUUAAAAAUGGAAUUUGCCCAGCCUGAUUUUCUGUGCUUUAAAAAAAAUAAAAAUAAAAAAAUCAUACACUUAUGCUUAGCCAAAACUGAUUACAUAAAAAAAAGCUAAAUCUUAAGCCAAAAACUAACCCCUGAAUACAUUUGUUCAAAUGUAAUUGCAGAUGUCAUAGUACCUGUUGUUACAAAUAUGUAUGCAGAUAUGUUGAACCCUAGAAAUUGUUUUUAAUGUCCCUGUAUGUUAUAACUGUACAAGGGUACAGUGGAUUGGCUUUUAGUUUUUACUUUCAAUGGAUUUUUUUUUUGUAUUAUCAUUAAAAGAAUUUAAAUUGCUUACAUUUCAAACCAUCAAACAACGAGUCAAAAAUGUUUGGUUUUGUUUGAGUUGUUAUUGUUAUAAAAAUAUAGAUGGAAAAAAAAUAUAGCUUUUAAUUUUCCAUGAAUAAUUCACAUGUAAAUAUACAUAUUCUGAAACAGGUCAUUCUAGUUUGAAUAAAAAGUGGUAAUAUG